AUGUGGCAGGCAACCCCGCCCGGACCCCGCGCGCCCUGCCGCUGGGCGCCGGCCCUGCUGGCCCUGCUGGCCCUGGGCGGCGCGGGGCUGUGCCACGCGAGCUCGCAGCCUGGGUACCACGCGCGGCCCAGCGCCAGGAACAAGAACUGGUGCGCCUACAUCGUGAAUAAGAACGUGAGCUGCACAGUUCAGGAAGGAAGCGAGAGUUUUAUUCAGGCUCAGUACAACUGUCCCUGGAACCAGAUGCCCUGUCCAUCUGCUCUGGUGUAUCGGGUAACCUUAAGACCCAGAUUCGUCACUAGGUACAAGACAGUGACACAGUUGGAAUGGAGGUGCUGUCCUGGCUUUAGAGGAGCAGACUGCCAAGAAGGUCCCAAAGACCCCCUGAAGACCCCUCGGCCCCCACCUGCUCGACCGAGAAACAACCUGAAGAAAGCCACAGAUACUGAUCCGAGCCGAGUCUCACAGCCUAAAGAAACUUUGUCCCCGACGGAGGCAGUGGAACCAGGUCAUGUAGCAGCAGAUCCAAGGCAAGGUCCUCCAGAACUUCAGCAAACGAAAGUCCAGGUGCUGGAGGAGAAGGUCGUCCGACUCACCAGGAUGGUGCUGGAUCUCCAGUCCUCUGUGGCAGGACUGAAGGAGAACCUCAAACACUCUAUUCAAGAUGAUGGCAUCAAAGGGCCAGCCCCGUGGCUCGGUCACCUGCACCCUCAGCCAACCCCUGACAGCACCUUUGCCGGAGACGCAGAGCCGAGCCAGCUUCCUGGCCUCCAUAGCAAGGAGUCUGGUAUGAAAGACAUCAAAUCUGAACUGGCUGAAGUCAAAGACACCCUGAAGACCAAGAGCGAUAAGCUGGAAGAGCUAGAUGGGAAGGUAAAGGGCUAUGAAGGGCAGCUCAAGCAGCUACAGGAGGCUGCCCAGGGCCCCACAGUCACCAUGACAACCAAUGAGCUGUACCAAGCCUAUGUGGAUAGCAAGAUAGAUACCCUGAGAGAGGAGCUCAUGGAAGGCAUGGACCGGAAGCUGGCCGACCUGAAGAACACAUGCGAGUACAAGCUGGUGGGUCUGCAGCAGCAAUGUGACGACUAUGGGAGCAGCUACCUGGGGGUGAUAGACCUGAUUGGGGAGAAGGAGACGAGCCUGAGAAAAGACAUCGCCGACCUUCGAGCCCGGCUGCAGGACCCCUCAGCCCAACCAAGUUGCUGCGACGGUCAAAAGAACGGCGACUUUGGCCAACAGAUCAAGACGUUAGACCAGAAAAUCGAGAGAGUUGCUGAGGCCACCAGGAUGCUGAAUGGACGGCUGGACAACGAGUUUGACCGCCUCUCUGUUCCAGAACCGGAUGUGGACUUCGACGCAAGAUGGAACGAGCUGGAUGCGAGGAUCAAUGUGACGGAGAAGAACGCAGAAGAGCACUGCUUUUACAUCGAGGAGACCCUCCGGGGGGCCAUCAAUGGUGAGGUGGAUGACUUGAGGCAGCUUCUCAACCAGAAAAUUCACUCCCUGGAAGACCGUCUGGGGAUCGUUCUGCAGGUGGCCAACAGCUCAGACAUGGAGUUGACACCAGUGAGCCCUGCCUUGCCGGGGCAGCCAGGGGCAGGGAAUGGGCAGGUGCUACUGGAGCUGAACCGCCUGAAGGACAAGGUUCAAGUGGUUGAGGACAUCUGCCUGCAGGGCCUGCCUCACGGGAUAGAUGGUACUUUGCCAAGCGGAGAGGACCUCACACAUGUCAGCCUGAGCCUUUUGGAGUCCCUCAAUGAGACGAUGCACAGGCAGUUCCAGGAAACGGGUCGCAGCAUCCAAAAGCUCCGGGAGGACUUCAGCGCUCUUCAUUCUCAGCUGAACCGCUCAGCAUGCGAGGGGACUUGUUUGCAGGGCAGAGCGGGUGACAGCGGAGCAGGCGACAGUGCCGAAGCAAGCGGGUUUACUAAGACGGGGACACAAGAGAGGACAGAGGGGACCGUCCCUUCCCCCGGGGCCCCCGGGGCUCCGUGCUGCGGCCAGCUGGAGGAACGCUGGCAGAGGCUGCAGACCCACGUGCUGGCCGAGCUGGACACAUGUAAGGAGAGCGCUCACGGGGUUCAGAGUGGGGUGUCCGCGGUGGAGGGCAGAGUGUCUCAGCUGGAGCAGACAUGCAGCAGGCUGGAUGCCAUCUCGGGGGGUCUGCAGAGGAUCAAGGAGGGGCUGAGCAAGCACGUGGGCAGCCUGUGGAACUGCAUCCGGCAGAUGAAUGGGACGCUCAGGUCGCAUUCCAGAGACAUUUCUGGCCUCAAGAACUCCGUGCAGCAAUUCUACAGCCACGUCUUCCAGAUCUCCACCGACUUGCAAGAUCUGGUCAAGUUUCAGCCAUCGGCAACAGAAGAACCCUCAGAAUUACCCCAGCCUCCAUCUGGGAAGACCCCACUGGAACCCACCAGACCUUCAGAGGAGGCCCCCACUGAACCACCCCACCUGACCCCACCUCCGGAGGACUCUUCCAGACCACCACCGACAGGCCAGCGGCCAAUCUUGCCCCAGAGGCCGCUGAAGCCGCCCCCUCUGCCUGCCUGGCCUGGCCGCCCAGGGCUGCCCUACCUGCCUGGCUCUAGUGGGGUCAUCAUGGAGACUGGAGAAGCUGGGCCUCCAGGAAGGAUGGUCAUGUCCGGAAGGGGCCUGCCCCAGGGAGUGGAUGGACAGAUGGGGCAGGGGCCCAUUCCCAGCUCGGAAGGCUAUGCAGGUGCCCCAGGCUACCCCAAGUCACCUCCUGCAGCCACCUCAGGGGUGCCACUGCCUGCUCUGGUGUCCUUUUCAGCCGGUCUUACCCAGAAGCCUUUUCCCAAUGAUGGAGGUGUCGUCCUCUUUAAUAAGGUGCUGGUAAACGAUGGGGAUGUAUACAACCCCAACACUGGGAUCUUCACAGCACCGUACGAUGGGCGCUACCUGAUCACAGCCACCCUCACCCCCGAGAGAGAUGCCUAUGUGGAAGCGGUCCUGUCUGUUUCCAAUGCCAGUGUUGCCCAGCUGCACACAGCUGGGUACAGGAGAGAGUUCCUGGAAUACCAUCGUCCUCCUGGGGCUGUGCACACCUGUGGAGGACCAGGAGCCUUCCACCUCAUUGUGCACUUGAAGGCAGGAGAUGGAGUCAACGUCGUGGUGACUGGGGGCAGGUUGGCCCACACAGACUUUGACGAAAUGUACUCCACCUUUAGUGGUGUUUUCCUGUAUCCUUUCCUUUCCCACCUUUAGGGAAGUCAAGAGGGGAAGGUUGUAAAAACUCCAAAGCUUUAAUAUAUUCAGUUUAUGCAACUGGAGCACUGGUCUAGUUUGCUACACACACUCCACCUGCCCCCAGGAUAAAGGUCUUACCUCACUGUAGAGACUGCUACCCCUUAGGAGUUUACAGGCAGCCUUGGAAAGUGACACAUGGUUAAUGUGGCCCCCAUUUUUCUGGAACUCUAACUGGGCAACGAGAAGACUUGGCAAGUCCCUUUGGCUAGAAGCUGGCUUCUCCUGGGCUAGGCCUAUGCGGUGCUACCUGUGGAGGUUCAAGCUGCUCCCCUGCUGGGCCUGCUGCAGCUGGAGAAUCUGUAGUUGGCCUUCACUGGAGAACACUGGAGCGGAUGGUUCUCUCUACACUGCACGUAGGAGAAUUUAAACACUGAAGUGCUGAUGUGGCCUGGACCCAGAGUUUAAUCUGGGCUGUCCCACACUUGGCUUGCUGUUCCCGUCUGGGACUCAUCUCUGCUCACCUGGGCCCUGCUACAAAGGGGGAUGUAACAGACAUUAUUUAUGAAGCUUGUUGGGCUCCUUAAAUGACAUGUACAAUGUAAGUGCAAAGACAGGGAGCAUCAAUAAAGAUGUCAAAAUCA